CCUCCCCUUCAGUCUUGCACAGGUGUACCGGCUCCUCCCCUCCAGUCUUGCACAGGUGUCCUUGCUCCUCCCCUUCAGUCUUGCACAGUGUGCCAGCUCCUCUCCUCCAGUCUUGCACAGGUGUCCUUGCUCCUCCCCUCCAGUCUUGCACAGGUUAUACCGGCUCCUCCCCUCCAGUCUUGCACAGGUGUACUGGCUCCUCCCCCCCUCCAGUCUUGCACAGGUGUCCUUGCUCCUCCCCUUCAGUCUUGCACAGGUGUGCCA